CCCUUUGAUUAAAUCUUCAAAACUUUUUGUUCUAACGGAAGUUUAUUCUCACAGUGCGUUUUUUCACCCACAUGUUUUUCAAGACGUCAUAAAUCUAAAUCACAGGUGUAGUUUAAAGAGACAAACUGUAUUCAGAUGAGUUUCGCUGCACGCGAGGGCAGGUGGUCAGUCGGAGCGUAUCAUAUAGAAAGAGGAGCGAUCUGAACAACUUUUUACACCAACACCUGUUCUUCAACCUGCGCUUCUUUUUGGAUUAUAUUGUAGACGUGUGCUGAAGAAAACCUGGGGAAAUUUAUAUAAAAACCAUCGUUUCUUCUGUUCAAGGAAAAUUCAAAAAGAUUGCCCAUCAUCUUUAAGAGAUGUUUGAGAAACAGCCUUACGAUAGUCCACCUAUGUACAGCCCACCCACCAACGGCUUUGGGCCACCUGGGAGCUUCCAAGACCCGCGGAGUGAAUUUGAUCCCUACCCUCCACCUCCAGGAUCUUACUAUGUGGGCGAGGAGGUGCCACAAGAUUUUUACAAGUGGUUCUCCCCUCCCGGAAUUGUGAAGAUCAUGGUCGGGUCAGUUUUAAUCCUCUGCCUCGGAAUCUUCGCUUGCGUGGCCUCAACUCUGGUUUGGGACAUGCAGUAUGGAUACGGAGGUUAUGGAAGUGGCUACGGUUCUGGCAAUCCAGGCUAUGGAUAUGGAAGUGGGUAUGGAUAUGCUGGUAGCUAUGGAUACGGAAGUAACUAUGGAUAUGGAAGCUACAGCUCCUACCCAACUCCUUACUCAGCAAAGACCAGCAUGAUCGCCGUCGCCGCCAUAAACUUUAUCAUCUCAUUAGGGUUCUUCGUAGCAAGCUUCUCCAAAUCAAGCACGUUCCGCAGCAGAAAAUUCUACCUGGGGGUGCUUGUUGUUAGCUCCAUAAUGGCAGUAAUUCAAGGCAUUAUAAACAUUGUGUACAUUGUAGGAGUGAACCCUAUGGCUCAAAGCUCCUCCAGCAUGUACUACAACCCCAUGCUCAUGAUGUGUCAGAACCUCUAUGGCAGCGGUGUGACCGGAAUGGGGGCCGGCUUUCCCGUCUAUAACCAGUACUUGUACCACUAUUGCUACGUGGACCCUCAGGAGGCAGUUGCGAUGGUUUGUGGUUUCUUGGUUGUGAUUGCACUGGCUGUGGCUGCUUUCUUCUCCUAUAAGACCAGAAGUAAAAUCUGGCACUAUGGGAAACCAAACAUCCACUGGGAUAAACCGCUGAUGGGAGGAACUGAGGGCAGAGAUGUGGAGGAUUGGGUCAACCAUGUACAGGAUGGACAGAGCGUGCAUGAGCCGUCUGUGGUCUUUUCAGAAAAAAUGGCUCCUGUUCUGGCAUCGGCCCCCAUUGUAGGCUCCAUUCCACCUAAAACUGGUAGUGUCUUUAGUUCUGAGACCCACUAUAACAGUUAUCCUGAGCGUCCUUUCAGUCGUCCAUCUCAGUCUACAUCCCCAUCUGGAGAGAUGAGCUCCAGCCCUUCCGAUCAGACAGACACCAUCCGCAAACCGUCUGCUUUCAGAGGCAAUAGACGCCGCAGGAACCCCGAGCUAGAUGAAUCCCAGUAUGAAACCGAGUACACGACAGGAGGAGAAACCAAUGAUUUCGAUGAGGAUCUAUGGAUAAGCAUGUAUCCUGAGAUUACAUGUGACUCCCAGCGGCAUGAGUAUAGGAAAGAGUUUGACUCGGAUCUCAGGAGUUACAAGGAAAUGUGUUCUGAAAUGGAUGACAUCAAUGAUCAGAUAAACAAGCUCAGCAGGGAGCUGGACACACUGGAUGAGGGCACUUCAAAGUACCAGGCUGUGGCAGAGGAAUAUAAUCGACUCAAAGACUUAAAACGGAUGCCAGAUUAUCAAAACAAGAAGCUCCAAUGUCGAAAACUGCGUCACAAGCUUUUCCAUAUUAAGCGGAUGGUCAAGAACUACGACCAUGAUCACUAAUGGUUUCCUUUAAACCAUCAUCUCUACUCUUUCAACACUCCUCUAUUUAACUGAACACGGGCGGCCAUGAAGAAACCUUCAAAUGACUGCGUGACCAAAGUUGCCCAAACUCCUGUAAACUUUACCUGGUGCUUAUGAUUAACCUGAAUCCUGAAGAUGGUUGUCUUGGAAACCAGGGGCAGGGAUUCUGCUUGCCCCCCAUUUUGCAUGCUCCGGACAGGUAAGACUUUCCAUUACCUGGAAUUUAUCUUUUCCAUUUGCUUUCCCCAGAGUGACUUAAUAUACGGUAGCCCGUGAAAUGCUACGAAGCAUUGAAAUAAUGUUAUUUUGUUGUUUGUUUUAUAUGGGUGUGGCUGUGAGUGCUAACAUCAAGGCUAGCUGAUUGCUGUGGUGCAUAGGUUUGUUGGAGGAAAUGUACUUUGGACAAUCUCUAACUGAGUAAUUGCACUUGCAAUAACAUCUGUGCAAUCGGUUUCCUUGUUGGUAAGUUGUAUGUGUUUUAUUAUGAGCUGUUUUUAUCUGUCGAUGUGUAAUUGCUGAGGCACUGCUUGUUUUCAGAGCAGAAACAGAACAGUCAUAACCAUUCCCAGGAAUAACUGAUGUUAUUUUCAGACUUGCACACCUUUGCAAAGUUAAAAAAGUUCCUUCUUUCAUUUUUCUUUCAAAUAUUUGGCUGCCUCUGUGAGACAAGACAGAUUAUUUGAAAUGUUGAAUCGUUAAAAAGAAACUGGAAUUGUAUUUCUUAAUAAUUAAGUUUGUAAAGAAAAGACAAUAAUGAUCUAUGCAAAUAUCCAAAAUGUAUGCAAAUAUUGAAGAAUUCUAAUCUAGCAAUAAAAUGUCUCAUUGCAUUUAUUACUUGGAAAAGUAAUAGUUGCUUUUAUCUCUGAACUAAUCAACUGCCUAUAAAAGAUCACAUGUUUCGUUUGAUUUGUUUUAUAAUGUUGGGCAAUGAGUUUUUUUUACUAGUGUUUUUGUAUGAAACCUGGCAAGCAUUUAUUUUUGAGCUGUUAAAGAGAUAAUAUCUGUUGUUUUUCUCAUUCACAUAACAACAUGUUUUCAUCUUUACAUUUUUUGUUGUCCGUUCUGUUUUGAAAUAAAGU